GGAAUUUGGUAGGCGUCGACUGGAUUCUUUUGAGUCGGAAAUUACAAUUUUAGUAUAAAAUUAUAUCAGAACAUCAUGAUUCGAUUUAUUUUGAUCCAAAACCGAGCGGGAAAGACUCGUCUCGCGAAGUGGUACAUGAACUUUGAUGAUGAUGAGAAACAGAAGCUUAUUGAGGAGGUCCAUGCAGUUGUUACAGUUCGGGACGCUAAGCAUACAAAUUUUGUUGAGUUCAGGAACUUCAAAAUCGUGUACCGGCGGUAUGCUGGGCUGUACUUCUGCAUAUGCGUGGACGUGAAUGAUAAUAACCUGUGUUACCUAGAGGCCAUCCACAACUUUGUUGAAGUGCUCAAUGAGUACUUCCAUAAUGUAUGUGAAUUGGAUCUUGUUUUCAAUUUUUACAAGGUAUACACAGUAGUGGAUGAAAUGUUCCUAGCAGGAGAGAUCCGGGAGACAUCGCAGACCAAAGUCCUGAAACAGCUUCUGAUGCUGAACUCUCUAGAAUAAAAUGCAAAUAGCUUGUUGAUCAGUAGAGAAGUGAUAAUUGGGAGCCUGAAUGGGCUUGAAAAUGUAAUACAAUAAAUAAGUUGUCACACACUUAUAUAUAGUUAAAUCAGAUAUGAAGUUAAUUUCUUUUUGAUGAUACGAUUGAAGGGUUUAGUUAUAGUUAAUUGAAAUGUUUAAUAUAUCUUUUAAAAGCUGUAAAAGAUUAGAACUAAAUUAAUAUAUAGUAGUAUAGAAAAUAAAUAAAGUGUAUACUUCAGAAAACCCUGUGACAAGUUUAAAGCCCUGGAAAUUUCUUUAAAUCAAUGAAACUAUAUAAAAAAUUAUGUUAAACAUUUGAUAAUGACCUGAAAAUAUAUGAUACAUCCCUGGGUUACAUCAACUGUACACUUUGUCUUUGUAUAUAUUUAUGACAAGACACAGACAUCAACUACACUGUCUUUAAUUAUGUUAAAAAUUACUUUGAAGAAUGUGUGUAUAGAGAAUUAGUACUUUUGUCAAUCAACUUGUUUAUUGUGUAAAGAAUACUCAUUCCAUUAAAGCUAUGUAUUUAAUAAUAAGCAAGGUUUUAAUAACUGGGCUUUGUAACAAUUGUAACUUACCUGUAACGUAAUCUUAUAUGUUUGAUUGUUGAGCAGAAUUACUGUGAAAGCCCACUAGGCGAAACAGUGUUGUCAAAAUUGCUUUGAUAUGCAAUACUUCAUUGUGGAGAGCUGCUGCAAUGCAUUUUUCGCUAAGUAGAGUUCUACUUAAAGUUGCAAAUCAGUCCCCUGUAUUAUUUAUUUCUCUUGUUAUUUAAUAAAACAAAAGCAUUAAGUAAGACACAUAGUUUUGUAAAAAGUGAUUU